GUAGCGGCUGCUUGUAAUGGCGACCGAGCCGUAGAUGUGCCUAGGUUUGUGAAAAUGAAGCGAAGAAGAAGUUAUUUCUUUUAAGCAAAACGCCGAGCUUCCCCGCAGGAGGACUUUGCGUGUAGUAACCGUCGUCUUUGUAAACGGUCAACUUAGCUGUACUUUUGCGCUUUUACGCCCCCAUAAUGAUGAAGCUGAAGUCGAACCAAACCCGGACGUACGACGGGGAGGGCUACAAGAAGCGGGCCGCUUGUCUGUGCUUCAGGAGCGAGAGCGAGGAGGAGGUGCUGCUGGUGAGCAGCAGUCGACAUCCUGACAAGUGGAUAGUUCCUGGAGGGGGCAUGGAGCCUGAGGAGGAACCCAAUGUUGCUGCAGCUCGAGAAGUGUGUGAAGAGGCCGGUGUAAAGGGGACUUUAGGCCGCUUAGUCGGAGUAUUUGAGAACCAGGAGAGGAAACACAGAACCUAUGUGUACGUUCUUAUUGUAACAGAGGUGCUGGAGGACUGGGAGGACUCGGUCAACAUUGGGAGAAAAAGGGAAUGGUUUAAAAUAGAUGAUGCCAUACAAGUGUUGCGGUGUCACAAGCCUGUGCAGGCCACCUACUUCGAGGCUCUCCAGGGCAGCUGCCUGAACAGUAACGGAACACCGCUGGUGGCCACGAUAGGUGGGGACCUGUCCCCUACCUACAGCAUCAAUCAGAGCUCCGUCUCGGGUAUCAGAUAACUAAAACCAUAUCUCUGAUACCUCCACGAGCUUUCGCCACCACUUGCGCUCUUACUUGUGUCUCUUCUCUUCUCUUCUCUUCUCUUCUCUUCUCUUCUCUUCUCUUCUCUUCUCUUCUCUACUCUUCUUCUUCUCUUCUCCUUCUCUCUUCUUCUCUCCUCUUCUCUUGUCUCAAUAACAUGGUUUGCCUUGCCAACUCCUUUGUGCCAGAUCCGUGGCACAGACUUGAUGACAAGUGUUGGGUGAAUAGUCAGAAACACUUUGUAAAUGUAAAUGUAAUUUUUGACCCCUCUAUUUUUUUUUUUUUUUUUUCUUUUUACUGACAACUGCAUGAAGUGUCCCCUCAUCCCUUCUCCUUAACGCGCCCUUAGCGUGGUGUUUAUUGAAUGCAAGAACUACUUUUUACUGUUGUAAUGUAAAAGUGUAUACUUAGUGCUUAAGCUGAAGGCUUUUGGUGGUCUUUUUAACGUCUCCUCCAUUUUUCUUUUUUUUUUUUUUUUUUUUUUUUGUUGUUUGGGUUAUUUUUUCUGUGAAUGAAUGUGCCCAUUAGUGUAAACCCCCUCCCCCCGGCCCCUCCCCUCUGUUGUAAGGAUAGGAAAUACUGUCUGUAUCUGAAUGAGCAGAAUUGUGGGAAGAGACUUGUCUUGCAUGAGCACUGUUAUGUUGUGUCUCACUCUCUCGAGUGGCCUGAUGCUGACCGUGCAAAAAGACUCGUGGUUAGGUCUUUGGCUUUUCUUCAUUUCUCUCCUUAUUGUGGUCGUUGAUGUCUUUUUAAAUCAGAAAGAUACAGCCCCUGAGUUUAAAAUUCAAGUGUCAACUGUGUUUCUCUCUUAUUUGGGAAGCUAGCCAAGCACUACAGGUUCCACUCUUGAACGGAGCGUACUGUAUGGAGAGCGAAAGAAUGUCAACAUACAAUGUAAAAUGAACCUUCUUUCUCCUCAGUGUCUUUACCUCCUUUUAAUCCCUUUUGUUCUCUCUCUCUUUUUUUUUGUAAAAAAAAAAAAGAAAAGAAAAACUUGUGACAGACUACAAAGUCUUCCUCCACGUACUGAGAGGGUAGAAGUAGUAGGUUUUCAGAAUCAUGGACUUGUAAUAUCAAAAUGCAACACAUAUCACUUUAAGUUAUUAAAUCCCAUUUCCAUAUUUUACUCCUCACAUUCAGUUUGGUUAAAAGCAAUUGUUUACAUUGUGUUCGCAAAAGAGCAAGCACAGGUGACGUUAGCUGGCACUUUUCAUUGAUUUAUUUUUUUUUUUUAAACCCUUCCUCCUUUAGUAUUUAAUCUGCAUCCCCAAAAACAAUCAGAACACCUGCUUGAAAUUGAAAGUAAUGGAUCUAUAAUGCUGUCUUUGGCAAGAUGCAGAACAAAACAAGCCUUGUACAGUUUGAGACCUCAUUUUUAACAUGUAAAAUGCUUUUGGAUACUAGUUUGUUUUUUUGUGUUUUUUUUUUUUUUUUUUUUCCUUUUGUUUUCUCUAACGUCUGGCAAAAGUCUCUUUAGCUGAGCUGCGUCACUCGGCCUCGAUGUGGCGUGAGGCAGCUGGCUCAAUACUGUGAAACUGGAGGCGCUGUAGAUAGCAUGUAAGAGGUUUUUAUUGUAAAUUGUUUAUUUCUGUAUAGAUCAAAGGUGGGAGUACAAAUGACAAAACACCUCUUACACAUCUGUGAGUCCUACGUGUCAUUUCAACUUGAGGCUGGAAGGACUGAACUUGUUGCUUUGGCUUUCCAGCUGGUGGGAGUUUUUCUCUUGAGUUAGCGUACAGUCCAUCUGCGGUUAAAGAACAAGGAAUGUGUCUGUGGGUGACAUUAAAGAGCCUAUUUAUAAUAGAAUACUCUUCAGAUCUUUUUUAGACCAAAACAAAUUUACAACGGUAUGGGAUUACCGUAUUUUGUUUUCAUCGUUGGUCAAACUAUAAAAUGAAGUUUCCAAACCACUACGUACUUAAGAAAUUAGCAAACCUGAAGUCUCUCGUCCCAGCUGUGCCACUAGUAUUUUCCUAUAGAGGGUUUCUUUUAUUGGUCUCAUAAAUAAUACUGUGGUUUUUUUGUCCAGAUUUACACAUGCAAUAAUAUUUUUUUUUUUUUUUUGCCAACUUGGGCACUUUGUGAAAAAGCUACAAGCACAGGACUGGUAGAUAAAAACAUUAGUUCAUUAUUUGCUGGGUUUUGUUCUCCACCAUGUGUUUGGUGGUGGUGGUGGUGGUGGUGGUGUGUGUGGGGGGGGGUUAAUUCUAAUUUAUCCGGCUUUCUCUUAUGUUCACCAGCUGGCUGUUUUUUUUUGUCUUUGUUAGGCGGCGGGAAUGAGGAGCUAAACGACACAAAAUAUUUGAAACCAUACAGCUCAAGGAGAGCCCACCUCACUCGUAACAAAUCAUGUAGAAAAUACUGUAGUAUCUGUAAUGUCGAUACAUGGGAUUCUUCUCCGCUUAAAAAAGAUUUCACACGCAAAUUAACGAUGAGGUUUUAGAGAACGCUUUGAUGUGUAGCCAUAAAUAAAAUAUAAGGGUUCGGUUCAGUGGUGAUUACAGCAGCAGGUGUGUAUCAGCAACGACUAUGCCAAUAAAAUAGCACUUUUCACAAACUGAUAAGAAACCCUUUAUAGGAAAUAAUGAACGCUAGUGGGACAAAGUUCAUCAGAGGAAGUGUUUUAUUUUUCUGUUGUCAGGUAGCGAUGACUCGCUCCUUUUCUCCCGUGUAUCUUUUUUUAUGGCGGGCACCGGCGUCCCUGUAAACGCGGCUUCACACGGGCUCCAGAUGUUGGCCUGGGUUUGCUGAGCGGGGUCUAAAGUCUCCUCCUCUCUGAGACUUUGAACCAGUUUUACUGCUGUGUACGGGAGAGGUGUGGCGGUCAAAGUCUUGCUUUACGACUCCCCCCCCAUACACACACACACACACACACACACACACACACACACACACACUUCACACGAGACUCGGUGAAGUUCCGUCAGGGUCUAAAUGUGCAGUUACAUGUCAGAGCGAUGAGUCUGCACACGGCGGAGAAAGUUUUAAAAGCCCACGUUAAUUGGCCGAGUGCGAUUGAACCGACUCCGUCUGGUGUGAUGUAGGUGACAGGUACUGUCAAAAUGAAUGUGAGGAGGAUUUCCACAAGUAACAGCCAGUGACUUAACUAUUAAUGACCACUUGUUCUUGAUCCAGAUUUUUGUUUUCUGUUCUUUAAUCUCUUGUGUUAUUGACAAGCUAAUGUCUUGUAUAUAGCUAACACAGCACCCGUACAGACAGAGGACACUUUGGCUUUGGUCAAUAACGGUUAGUUUCCUCUUUUUUUUUUCUUUUUUUUUUUUUAACCCUUCUUACUAAAAUUGAAGAAGUUCCCAUCAUAAACAAUGAUUUAGACUGGAGUGGACUGUAGAGGGACUUUAUGAAGUUAAUGUUUCCACAUAAUGACGUCGUGUGGAGUUAAGAUUUUUUUCUCCCUGGACAUUUCUCCCGUCAGUGUGUCUGCCGAUGAAGCUCCUGAGUUUGGGCCAAUCAGAGGAUGCAUUCUUGAGACGUGCGGAGCUUCAGAUAAACCAACUUCCUUUCAAUUUACCAAAGUUUAAUUGUUUCGCCGUGUGGCUCUGCUGGCCUGAUCUCGUGGCCAAAGCAAACGUACUAAAAGCACAUCCCUAAGGGCCUGAGGACUGUAACGUCCAGCUUCCUUCAGCACAAAAAUUACAUGCGAGAUCCCUCCUCCUCAAAAAAACAAAACAAAACAAGAAAAAAAAAAACUACUAGGCAAUUAAAAUGAAACGUCUGUGCACUUGUAGCCGUUGACCUCAGCCUUGAAGUUACAUACUUUGUUGUAGUUGUGAUCUCCAAGGUAAAUGUGUCACUGGAAUAUUCUUUUCCUCUCUUUAUUUUUCGUCAUUUGGGACUGUGGAAUAAAAACCAGUGCGAGAAGACUGAAGAUUGUAAUAUAAAUGUGCCAACAAAUGAAAUAAACCAGU